CUUUGGCCGCGGCGCGAGACAAGAAGAUUAUUAGUCCACGCGCAGAGAGGGGGAGAGGAGGAGACGAGAUACAGUCCUCACUCUCAGGAGGAGCAGCCCACUUGUCUGUGCCUGCAUGAACUGUCUGAAAACAGACGCACACUCCUCCUGUCACCAGUAAAGCCAGUUACAGUCCCCAGUAGGUGAGUUCAGGUUGUUUGGCGCACCUUUGACGGACCGAGCGUCUUUUUUGUUUAAUCCAGGAAGAAGAAAAGGGAAAGUCAUGGACAAAGGAGGAGAAUUAAAAAGAAGUUAGCGCCUACAGUGAAGUCACCUCCAGGAAAAACGACCCAGAAAGAAGGAGAAGAAGAAGCGUCCGGAGAGGAAAGGGGAGCAGGAUGGGGAUGGAUUUCAGCACUCUUCGGACCCUCAUCAGCAGAUAUUGUGCUGGUGAGGAGAACUGGGUGGACAGCAGGACAAUCUACAUUGGACACAAGGAGCCUCCUCCAGGAACAGAGGCCUUUAUACAACAGAGAUUCCCCGACAACAGAAUAGUCUCCUCCAAGUAUACAUUUUGGAACUUCAUCCCGAAGAAUAUGUUUGAGCAGUUCAGGAGAGUCGCCAACUUCUACUUUCUCAUCAUAUUUCUCGUUCAGUUGAUCAUCGACACUCCCACCAGUCCGAUCACCAGCGGACUGCCGCUCUUCUUUGUCAUCACAGUCACCGCCAUCAAACAGGGUUAUGAGGACUGGUUGAGACACAAAGCAGACAACUCCGUCAACCAGUGUCCCGUCCACGUGGUGCAGCACGGGAAAGUGGUCCGCAAACAAAGUCGCAAGCUCAGGGUUGGAGAUGUUGUUUUGGUGAAAGAAGAUGAGUCUUUUCCCUGCGACCUCAUCCUUCUUUCUACAUCUCGAGAUGAUGGGACCUGCUACGUCACUACAGCCAGUCUGGACGGAGAGAGCAGCCACAAGACAUACUAUGCAGUUCAAGACACCAAAGCUUACAGCACAGAGAAGGAGAUCGACUCCAUACACGCUACUAUAGAAUGUGAACAACCACAGCCGGACCUGUACAAAUUUGUGGGUCGUAUCAACUUCUACAUGGAGAAUGAGCCAGUGGCAAGGCCGUUAGGAUCAGAGAACCUGCUGCUUCGAGGAGCCACACUCAAGAACACUGAGCACAUCUAUGCGGUGGCCAUCUACACUGGCAUGGAAACCAAGAUGGCUCUCAACUACCAGUCCAAGUCUCAGAAACGUUCUGCUGUGGAAAAGUCAAUGAAUGCUUACCUAGUGGUCUACCUGUGCAUCCUCAUCAGCAAGGCGCUAAUCAACACGGUGCUGAAAUACGUGUGGCAGGCCGACCCCAACAGAGACGAGCCGUGGUACAACGAGAGGACAGCGACAGAGAGACAGAGACACAUCGUGAUCAGGGCAUUCACCGACUUCUUGGCCUUCAUGGUUCUUUUCAACUACAUCAUUCCCGUCUCCAUGUACGUCACCGUGGAGAUGCAGAAGUUUCUCGGCUCCUAUUUCAUCAUGUGGGACGAUGAGAUGUUUGACGAGGAGCUGGGAGAGAGAGCCGUGGUCAACACGUCGGACCUGAACGAGGAGCUGGGACAGGUGGAGUAUGUGUUUACAGACAAGACGGGGACUCUGACAGAAAACAACAUGGAGUUCAUCGAAUGCUGUGUGGACGGACAUGUUUAUGUACCUCAUGCAAUCUGUAACGGACAGGUGAUGCCUGGUGCAACAGGUAUGGACAUGAUCGACACUUCGCCAGGUCCAGGGGCCAGGGAGCACGAAGAGCUGUUUUUCCGGGCGCUGUGUUUGUGCCACACGGUGCAGGUGAAGGAGGAGGAGACGGUGGACGGCAUCAAGCAUGGCAUCCACCAGGGCAAGUCCACCUCCUUCUACAUCUCCUCGUCUCCAGACGAGGUGGCGCUGGUGGAGGGCAUGAAGAGGCUCGGUUUCACCUAUCUGAGACUCAAGGACAGUCACAUGGAGAUCCUGAACAGGGAGGAUGAGAUUGAGAGGUUUGAGCUGCUGGAGGUUUUGACAUUCGACUCUGUUAGAAGGAGGAUGAGCGUCAUUGUCAGGUCCAACACUGGUGAGCUCUAUCUGUUCUGUAAAGGUGCAGACUCCUCCAUCUUCCCCAGGGUUAUAUCAGGCAAGGUGGAACAGGUCAGAGCUCGGGUGGAGCACAAUGCAGUGGAGGGUCUGAGGACUCUUUGUGUUGCCUAUCGGCGUCUGAGUCCUGAACAGUACCAGGAGGUUUGCCACUUGCUGAGCGGGGCCAAGUUGGCGCUACAGGACAGAGACAAACGACUGGCGGAGGCCUACGACCUCAUCGAGAAAGACCUGACACUGCUGGGAGCCACUGCCGUGGAGGACAGGCUCCAAGAAAAAGCAGCAGACACCAUCGAGUCCCUCCACAAGGCAGGUAUGAAAGUGUGGGUGUUGACUGGCGAUAAGAUGGAGACAGCGGCUGCAACCUGCUACGCCUGCAAGCUGUUUCACCGCAACACCCAGAUCUUAGAGCUGACCACCAAACGCACUGAGGAGCAGAGCCUCCACGACGUCCUGUUUGACCUGAGCAGGACUGUACUGAGGCAGCACGCAGGCAUGACCAGGGACACCUUCUCUGGUUUAUCAGGUGACUGUCCCGACUACGGUCUGAUCAUCGAUGGAGCCACCCUCUCUGCAGUGAUGAGGCCCGCCCAGGAGGACUCCAACUCAGGGAACUACAAAGAGAUCUUUCUAGAAAUCUGCCGCAACUGCAGCGCCGUGCUCUGCUGCCGCAUGGCGCCGCUCCAGAAAGCACAGAUCGUGAAGUUGAUCAAAGCCUCCGAGGAGCACCCGAUCACGCUGGCCAUUGGAGACGGAGCUAAUGAUGUCAGCAUGAUCUUAGAGGCCCAUGUUGGCAUCGGUAUCAUGGGAAAGGAGGGUCGUCAGGCGGUGAGGAACAGUGACUACGCCAUCCCAAAGUUCAGACACCUCAAGAAGAUGCUGCUAGUCCAUGGACACUAUUACUACAUACGCAUCUCUGAACUUGUGCAAUACUUCUUCUACAAGAAUGUCUGUUUCAUCUUCCCCCAGUUCCUCUACCAGUUCUUCUGUGGCUUCUCACAACAACCGCUGUAUGACACAGCGUACUUGACUCUGUACAACAUCAGCUUCACCUCGCUGCCCAUCCUGCUCUACAGUCUGAUAGAGCAGCACAUCAACAUGGACAUCCUGAAGAAGGACCCAACUCUCUACAGGGAUAUUGCUAAGAACUCUUUGCUGCGGUGGCCCAUCUUCAUAUAUUGGACCAUCCUGGGUGUAUACGACGCCAUCGUGAUGUUCUUUGGUGCUUACUUCCUGUUUGACAACACCACCUUCACCAGCAACGGACAGAUGUUUGGAAACUGGACAUUUGGCACGCUGGUCUUCACUGUGCUCGUCUUCACUGUUACAUUCAAGUUGGCUCUCGACACUCAUUACUGGACCUGGAUCAACCAUUUUGUCAUCUGGGGCUCGCUGAUCUUCUUUGUGGUCUUCUCUCUGCUGUGGGGAGGAAUCAUCUGGCCCUUCCUCAACUACCAGAGGAUGUACUACGUGUUCAUGCAGAUGUUAUCCAGUGGUCCGGCCUGGCUCAGUAUCAUCCUUCUGAUAACAGCCAGUCUGGUGCCAGAUGUGUUGAAGAAGGUCAUCUGCAGGGCGCUGUGGCCCACCACCACUGAGCGCAUACAGAAUGCCGAUAAACUCUACAAGGGCCAGCUGUCUGAGUUCACCCCCCUGGCGUCCCUCCGCGCCCCGCCCAAAGCUGGCAGCCACCGGCGAGGCUCGGGCAACCAGAGGAACGCCCCGAACCCACGAAGGUCUGAACCUUUUACCAAGAAAAUCAUGUUCACACGCUGGCAAAAAACACCAGACUACUGCACCUUCACACCCCUCCUCCAAUUUGCCGAUGGCUCCCGCCACUCGAAGCAGGGACACGCCUACAGUGGGGCGGGGCCAGAGACCUCAGUCUAAUUUAUUUCAGUUUGGUGUUUUUCUAGUCUUAAAAUGUCAUUUUGGAUACAUUGGCUCAAUAAGUUGGUCCAGGAGCUGAGCAGGCCACUCGGAAGUAAAGUUACCCAAAAGUAGCUUUUUUAGUUACCGUAGGAUAAAAGUGACCUUCACAACUGCUCCGAGUCUGCAGCCAAGUGCGGCACAAAGCACUAUGGGACGGCUCUGGAAGGGACUCCAUCCACAGGGCCUCGCCUGCCGCGACAACGUGCAAAAGGGCUCAGCGUAAUGAUGUCACAACAAACAGAAUCAAGAGCUUUGAUUUCUUAAAUCACUGAAAAUAUGUGCACUGGCCCUUUAAGUCUGCUUGCUUUUGGUAGCUGGCAGCUAAAGUGUACUUGACUCCAGUUUAAAGUAUUUCUAUAACUUUUUAAAGAACAAUAAUGACGUGUUGUGAUUGUGCUGCUGCUGCUGCUGAGGACAGUAUCAGUGCUUAAGCCAGCUCGAGCUUUCUCUGACCAAACAUCUUCUUUUCUUCAUUCUCUCUAUCUCCCUCCGUCUGUCUGUUCUGCCUCUUUUCAGGUGUAACUGGUGUUGCCUGUGUGCAAACAUAUUAUCCCGAAACACUCCCUAGGACGCUCUGCAACACUGUAAGGAAGAGUUUAGUAGAGUUUAGAGCUUAAGUGUUGGAGAAGUGGCUCUGAGUUGCUCUUUUUCCUGUUUAAGAAGUCAGUGUUUAUUACACUGUGUCUUAAAACAAGAAAGACGACUUCAAUUCCACAUGCAACACUUGAGUUUUUACCUGUACUGUAGUCGAGAGUAAUUGGUGGAACAGAUGUGUGUUUCUGCGUGCUGAUAGCUAAUGGUUGUGGUAGUGUGUUGCAUUUAUCUCUGCAGGACCCCCCUACUGUCUUUAAAGCACUUUAACUGUCGACCUUCUUGUAUGCAUCUUUUCUGCGAUAUACUGAGACUAAUCUAUGUUUUUAGGGCUUAGAAAUGACAGAAAUAGUAGAUAUGACGGUAUGAUGGCUUCUCAGCUGUUUCUCAAUGCCUUAAAUCACCUUGUAAAUACCACAUUAUCCUCCACAGAGACCUUUUACCAAAGAAGCAAAGACAACAUGACGUCCUUUAGACAGAAACUGACAGAUAUUCUAUAUUGCUAGGAAAAGUUUGUGAUCUAUACGUCAACGUACACACUCAUGACUUAAAAUGAAAGUGGUCACCAGAAAGAAUACGACGUCUUUAACCUUUUAAUGUAUGAAUUAUUCAAUCACAAAGUAAUAUUUUAAAUGUUUGUUUUUACUUUUAAAAAAAUGAAAAAUUAUGUCCAUAAACUUUUUCUCCCAUUGUGUUAUUUUGAAGGCGUACAUCAGUGGUAUAAAAGUGGUUCAAUGGACUCAAUAUGAAACAUUUACUAAGAGCCAAGGGUAUAAAUACUACAGAGCCCCUUCAGUCCUAAGAGUUGGUAUUUUUUUUUCUUUAAAAUAAUAGUAGUUAAUAAUAGUUAUUUAUCUUGUAGGAAGUUAUUAUCUCAUGUGCAUACGUUAUUUAUUUUGUCACGAUAAAUAACUAGUUCCCUACAAGAGAAUUAUCUUGUGUGCACAAGAAAUGUAUACAACAAAUGUAUAUUUUUCCAUCUCAUAUAUAUUUUUUAUUCUUUUUUAAAGAUUAUUUUUUCAGGGAAUUUUCCCUUUAUUUAUAGGACAGUUGAUGAGAGGCAGGAAAGGUGGGAGAGCGGGGGAGAGACAUGCAGCGAAGGACCACAGGCCGGACUUGAACACUCGCCGCUGUUGAAGCUUCAGCUAUGUGGGGUGUGAAUUCUGCCUGGUUAGCUAGAGGCCACUUCAUUUUUCAGAUUUAUAUUGAGUCCACUGAAUCACUUUUUAUACAGUUGAUGCCUGGUGUCCAUGGCAGUAACUCUUUCGAAAUAACAUAUCUUAUAUCUUAUCUUAGACAUAGGUUUUCACUAGUUUAAAAGUAAGAACAAAUAUUAUUUGUGAUUUAAUAUUCAUGCCUGAAAAGGUUUUUAAUAUGAUGGUAAAGAAAAUACAGCCUUCUGAAUCUGAUGUUUAAAACGUGGGGUGCAUGUUAGCUGUAAGAUUUGAGAACUUAGUUGUUUUUUUAUUAUUGCAUAUUAUCUGUACUUGCAUCUACUUUCCUUAAAGCACCUUAAAAAAUGUCCUUAUAGAGAUAAUCAUAACAGAAAAAAAUGAUUACAUCAAGUGCCCCAAACUACAUGUCGCCUUAAAAGAAUAUAUUUCUCCGGAGAUUCGAUUAUUUGACAGUCAGCCUUUAGAGACAAAACACAGUGUUAAGCUGCAGAAAGCAGCCACAUAGUAAAGAAUAAAGACUGGAAACAACACACUCACACUCUAUUGGGAACCAAAUCAACUAACCAGCACCUAUAAAGCUGGUAUUUCCCCAAAUUUUCAAACUAUUUCUAGUGAUAUAAAAUGAUUUGAGAGAUAAGCUCCCAAAAGAACUUCAGGUAUCAGACAUUCAUACACAUCCAUUUAUUAUAGUUUACAGAAUCUGAUAGGUCAGUGUUAAUGCUGUGAAAAGCCUUAUGAUGGUGUUAAAAUAAGUCUAAUGAGAUUCUCUACCUUGAAAAGAGCCUUUGCAGUGCAGUCUUUAAAUUCUGUCGUACUCUUUCUUGCUUCAACAUUUACCCUCUCUGUCUUUCUUUCUAGCUGUCUCUCUCUCUCUUUCUGUCUUUCUUUCCGUCAUUCUUUCUCUGGUGAAGUGGAAGUUUUCCUACCUCUGUGAGAGCCGCUUCCACCCGUCUGGUCAUCAUCAUCCUCUCGUGUGUCACCUUCUGCGUCUUCUUCAUUCAUCCAUCAGUCUAUCAUUAUGAGACAGAGUAGAAAUGAUGUUUUUUACUCCACUUUUAGUACUUCUAUGAACCAAAGCCUUGUUGCUGCUAGAGAUACUUUUAGCUGCUUUACAUUAGGUGCCUUGUGGUAGUUUUUUCUGUCUCUGCUGAGCUGUCUUUGCUUGCUUUAUGGUAACUUUACAAAUAAUCAUAGACAUUUGGAUCGUAUAUAAAAGCACUGCAGAUGAUGGAUGAACGGAUACAUGGCUGAGAGAAUGGAUAUGCGAGUGAAAAGAUGAAUGUAAAAACCUGUUUAACACAGAUUAUACUGUCCAAGGAUCAAACAAAGCACUAAAAUAACACAAAUGAUGCACAAUCAGUGAACAAAUUAAUUACUUCUUGCACCAAAAUAUUCAAGUUAUGUUUAAUAUCUGUUUUUUUAAAUUGUUUUUAUAUCUGUCUCAAAAUGUUAUUUGUAUUGUUUUCUAUUUUAUGCAAUGUGUAAAAUUCCCCUUUACAACAUUAGGAUUGAGUGAAGGUCUCCCUUCAGUCAUCAGAGCGCACUGGAAAUAUAUUGAUGUGAUGUUUACUUUUAUUUGAAUGAGAUAGGAAACUUGAAGAGCUCCAUUUGAUCGAUAACUGUUACCAACUGGAUUUUUUUUCCUAAAUAUUCUGUGUAUGUUUCCUUUUAAUGUAACAUCCCUGACUUCUCAGAAUUCUGGUUCACUAUUUAAAUAUUCAUGUAAAAUUAAUGGUAAAGCGAAGGGGUUCUUAUACUGUCAUAAUUUGUGG